GAGGGGCAUGAUGGCGGGACGGACGGCUCCCAUGUACGCACAGGGCAAAGGAAGAGAAACAAAGAAGAGUUUCCUCAAAAUGGUUUACCGUUACAAUGUGUACCGUCCGGAAAACUAAUGACGUGUUCGCAACUGUUGCAACAUCACCGACAGAAUUGCGUUUGUGCGCCCGGCCAAUAUGCGUGCAGCUAUUUAACGUGCGCAACGCAUCUAGCGCUAACUGGAAGCUAGCAGGAAACUAGAUGUGGAGACGGGGCUGAAAGAAGGAGCUUCGCCAGGGAAGGCAUCUAGCCGAGGGACCGAGCUCGUUAAGUAGCCUAGUGCCUCCCGAGCGGCUCCAGGAGGAGAUCAACAAUAGUGAACAUGGACUAUGACUUCAAAGUGAAGUUGACCGGCGAGAGAGAACGAGUGGAGGACCUGUUCGAGUACGAAGGGUGUAAGGUGGGAAGGGGCACCUACGGACAUGUGUACAAAGCCAAGAGAAAGGAUGGGAAGGAUGAUAAGGAUUACGCCCUGAAGCAGAUUGAAGGCACUGGCAUCUCGAUGUCGGCCUGCAGAGAGAUAGCACUUCUCCGGGAGCUGAAGCAUCCCAACGUCAUCUCCCUGCAGAAGGUGUUCCUGUCGCACGCCGACCGAAAGGUGUGGCUCCUGUUCGACUACGCGGAGCACGACCUGUGGCACAUAAUCAAGUUCCACAGAGCGUCCAAGGCCAACAAGAAGCCCCUGCAGUUACCGAGGGGGAUGGUGAAGUCCCUGCUCUACCAGAUCUUGGACGGCAUCCAUUACCUCCACGCCAACUGGGUGCUCCACAGAGAUCUGAAACCUGCCAACAUCUUGGUGAUGGGGGAGGGGCCAGAGCGGGGCCGGGUGAAGAUUGCCGACAUGGGCUUUGCACGUCUUUUCAAUUCACCACUAAAGCCUUUAGCUGACUUGGACCCUGUGGUGGUCACGUUCUGGUACAGAGCUCCAGAACUACUGCUGGGGGCCCGGCACUACACAAAAGCCAUCGACAUCUGGGCCAUCGGCUGCAUCUUCGCUGAGCUCCUGACGUCCGAGCCCAUCUUCCACUGCCGGCAGGAGGACAUCAAGACCAGCAACCCGUACCACCACGACCAGUUGGACCGCAUCUUCAACGUCAUGGGCUUCCCCGCCGAAAAGGACUGGGAAGACAUCAAGAAGAUGCCAGAGCACUCUACUCUGAUGAAGGACUUUAGGAGAAACACAUACACAAAUUGUAGCCUUAUAAAAUACAUGGAGAAACACAAAGUCAAACCAGACAGCAAAGCAUUCCAUUUGCUUCAGAAAUUGCUGACCAUGGACCCCAUCCGUAGGAUCACGUCUGAGCAGGCCAUGCAGGACCCCUACUUCCUGGAGGAACCCCUGCCCACCUCCGAUGUUUUCGCAGGCUGCCAGAUCCCCUACCCCAAGAGGGAGUUCCUGACCGAGGAGGAGCCGGAGGACAAGGCCGACAAAGUCAGAAAUAAAAACCAGCAGCAGCAGCAGGGCAACAACCACACCAACGGGGCGGGGCACACGGGUAACCCUGACAACAGCCACACCCAGGGCCCGCCUCUGAAGAAGGUGCGAGUGGUGCCGCCCACCACGACCUCAGGUGGUCUCAUCAUGACCUCAGACUACCAGCGCUCAAAUCCACAUGCUGCCUACCAGAACCCAGGACCAAGCACAUCACUGCCCCAGAGCAGCAUGGGGUAUUCCUCUACCUCCCAGCAGCCGCCGCAGUACUCCCACCAGACCCACCGCUACUGACAGCCCCAUCCUCCCCUCCUCCCCACCCCACCUCACACACACACACACCUAAACCCUCUCAAGGAGAAAGGAGAAUGUAUGGUG